CUAAUAGGUGGCGCUGUUUGAAAUAUGUCUGCGCCCAUACGGCACACAUGAAGCAUUGUUUGGAACAUAUUUGCUUCAAAUGUCAGAUUAAUUUGGUGUUUUGUUUAACUUUAAUGUGAGCGAAAGAAAAAAACCGCACAGUUACACGUACCUUUCUAUGAUAGAAAUGGCAGCAAGGAAAUCACAGAAGGCACUUCUUCAGAAGUUGGAAGAAUAUGGAGACAGUAUACUUGAUGAAGACAACCAAUCCAAAACAUCCAAGAAAAACAAGAAAAAACCAAAGCAAAACAAUGUCCCUCAGUGUGAUGUACAAUCAAACCAAACUCCAAUAACGAAGAAAAAAUUAAACAAAAAACAAAGAAAACUCUUAAAAAGGAGGCAAAAUGGAGAUCUGGAAAAACAAAAGAGGACACCCAUGAACAAGAAGAUGAAGUGGCUAAAGGAAGCUCUGCGCAGUGAGGGGCUCAUGGACGUGGAGAAGACUGGCAGAGUUGGUGAGGAAGUGAAAGUGGAGAAGAAGAGGAAACAAGAACCUGAAGUCAUCGUGUUCGAAGAUCCAGCCAAGAAACGGAAGAAGGCAAGGAGGAACGAGGACGAGGAUGGCGAGCCCGAGACUGCUAACCACUUCAACAUGAACACUGCCAGGUUUGAAGUGAGGAAGCUCGGGAUCAGUGGAUUCGGUGGCGAGAAGAAGUCUGAAGCCAGGGUGUCGCUGCUCAUCAGCCUGGGUGCCAAGCCCCCCAGGAACAAGAGUUACACCAACUACAAGGAGUUCCAGCAGAAGAGGAAGGCUGACAUGGAUGCUGAGAAACAGAGGAGGCUCGAGGAGCAAGUGCCUGGAGAGAAACUACCCAAACUAAAGUCACAGAAACGGCCCCGAGAAAAAAGUGACACUGCAAAUAUUGACGGACAGAUUGGAUAUUACAAACGUGGUGUUCAGUUCAUCAACAAGGAAUCUCUCCAGAAACUGAAAACCUCGUGAUUGUUCCCCACAUUCUAAUCCAGCUCAACUUCAUCAACCAUAAUACCUGUACAUAACUCACUUCUGGUACAGGGAAAAGGGUUUCUAGGUGAUGAAGAAGUGUCACCAGGGAUCUUCUCUCCUUCAUCAGUUACAGUGCUACCCCUAUAAGUGAAGAUGAUGUGAUUAGAGUCCUACAUUGCUCUACAUGGAUAGAAGAUACAAGAUCAAGGCCCGCUUCACGAAGUGAUCGCAACGCAAUGAUUGUCGCGAAAUCCCAUAAAUUGAUAGUCAUAGAUCAAAGAUCACGUUUUUAAACAGGGAGGCCCAGUGCUAACAGCAAUUGUAGAUACCAUCAUUUUGAACAUAGAUUAUUAUAAGUGCUCAGAAUGUGUGUGGAUUUCCAUUAAGCAUGUUGAGUUUGUUUUGCGUAAAAAAAUGAAUGAAAAAAAAAAGAUGCUGCAUUGCAUGAACGUAAAAAAUUGUCAUCAUUGUCAAUCAUCCAAAUGCGGUAUUGUGCAGAGCUGUAAAUAUGCAUUUUACCUUUCAAUUCAUUAUUUGAAGUAGUUUGGGUGUCAACAAUGUGAAUUUAUUUUGUCCAUUUUAUUUGAAGACAGUUUCAUUGACAAUAUCAUUCCUAUGCUCAUUAACUUAUGAAAGCUCAUAAUAAACGUGUAUAUAGCCAUAGAAA